GCGCGCGCCCGACGCCCAGCGAGGCCGCGCGCGCGGGCACGGGGCGCGCUCCCGAGAGGGCAGGUGGGGGCUGGGAGCGGGCUCGGGUGGCGGCGGCCGGAGGGACCUGGGGGCCGCGAGUUGGACUCCGGAGGCUGCCCAGUCCGAGGCCUGAAGCCCCAUCGCGCCGGCUCACCCGCCGCAGAGCCAUUGGAAGCAGCCCUGAGUGCUGGGGCCUGAGCAGGGCAGGGGCCAUGGCCAGGGUUCCCAGCAUGCCCCUGCCCGGGCCCAGGGAGCAGGAGGCUGCCAGCUGGCAGGCUGGCCAGACACCAUCUCCCGAGCCGCCCGAAGAGGCAGUCUCCAGGUCCCCUACCAACUCCAGGAAAAUCUCCAAACGGGUCAACAAGAAGAGAAGCAAUAAGAGGGGUUCCAAGCCUGAUGGCCGGCAUCAUGGUAACUCCCCGGAACUGUCCGAGCCUGACCCUCAGGCCAGCACCCCCCAGAUCCUGCCAGAAGAGCUGGAGGUGACUGUCCAGCCUGGCCCUCGUGCCCAGGAGCAGCAGCGUGGGAAAUCGGAGACAGCACGGCCAGCCCUAGAGUUCCUGCGCACCCCGUUUGGAGGCCGCCUGCUGGUGCUGGACUCAUUCCUGUACAAGCAGGAGAAGGCCAAGGGCGACAAGGUGUACUGGAAGUGUCGCCAGAGUGUGGGGCUACACUGCCGAGGCCGGGCCAUCACCCGUGGGACCCGCGCCACUGUCAUGCACGGCCACUGUCACCCACCUGACGAGGAGGGCCUGGAAGCACGGCGCCGGAGGCAGAAGCUACCCAUCCAGAACUCUGGGUCACAGUCUUCGGAGGGAUCCGGCCUGCAUCCUGGCGAGUCAGAGACCACUGCUGGGGGGCCAGCUAGCAAAUACAGCGCUGGAGAGUAUAAGGGGUUCCGAGGCCUGGCCCUGAUGAGCCUGCCCCCCAAGAAACGCCAAAUGCUGGGCUUCGGAGAAACCCGGGGGCUGGAGUUCCUGCGCACGUGCUAUGGUGGCAGCUUCCUGGUGCAUCAGUCAUUCCUGUACAAACGUGAGAAGACAGUGGGUGACAGGGUCUACUGGACGUGCCGUGAACACGCGUUGCAAGGCUGCCGCAGCCGUGCCAUCACCCAUGGGCAGCGUGUGACGGUGAUGCGGGGCCACUGUCACCAGCCUGAUGAGGAGGCCCUGGAGGCGCGGCGGCAGCGGGAGAAGAUCGCAUCCAGGCUGCCUGCCCGGCCCGUUGUGGAUCUGCUCGGCCGCAGGGGUCCUGGGCCGCUCUCUUUCAGCAGGCCCCGGCCCCGCAUACAGGCGAAGGCCAGAGAACAGCCAGCUGAGCCUUCAAGCUCCUCUUCUGAUGAUGAUGAUGAUGAGGAGGAGGAGGAGGAGGAGGACGAGGACCCGGGAGGCCCCGAAUUCCUGAAGACACCCCUUGGCGGCAGCUUCCUGGUGUUCGAGUCAUUCCUGUACCGGCGUGAGAAGGUGGCCGGGAACAAGGUGUACUGGACAUGCCGCGACCAGGCACGCAUGGGCUGCCGCAGCCGAGCCAUCACCCAGGGCCGCCGGGUGACUGUGAUGCGGGGCCACUGCCACCCCCCUGACCUGGGGGGCCUGGAGGCACUGCGGCAGCGGCAGAAACGCCCCAACGCAGCCCAGCAGGAUGGUGCAGGAGACCCUGAGUUCCUAAAGACACCCUUUGGGGGCACCUUCCUGGUGUUUGAGUCGUUCCUGUACCGGCGUGAGAAGGCAGCAGGCGACAAGGUGUACUGGACCUGCCGAGACCAGGCGCGCAUGGGCUGCCGCAGCCGCGCCAUCACCCAGGGCCUGCGCGUCAUGGUUAUGCGGCGCCACUGUCACCCACCUGACCUGGGGGGCUUGGAGGAGCUGCGAGAUCGCGACAACUUCCCCCGCUUGGCACAGACUGAGGAUUCAGAGACCUUCCAGCCCCUGGAGUUCCUGCGCACCUCACUGGGUGGCAGCUUCCUGGUGUUCGAGUCAUUCCUGUACCGGAAGGAGAAGAAGAUAGGCGACAAGGUGUACUGGAUGUGUCGUGAACAUGGUCGCAGGGGCUGCCGCAGCCGUGCCAUCACCCAGGGCCAGCAGGUGACCGUGAUGCGGGCCCACUGCCACCCACCGGACCUGAGAGGCCUAGAGGCAUUGCGGCAGCGGGAGAAACAUCCUAGCCCAGCGCCGCAGGAUGAGGCAGAGAUGAAUCUUCCACCUGAUGAUCAACUGUGCUACGAGUCUAGUUCUUCCGAGGACCUGCAUAUCUGUGUGGAGGACCAAGAUACGGUGCUGGAUGACACAGAUGACACAGCCCCCUGAGGAUCUGCCUGGGAGAGGUGUGUUCUCCCAUCCUCUGACCUUUCUUGCCCUUCUGAUGUGCUUAGAGAAAAUUCUUCACUCUUCCCAGCUUUGAGCCCAACCACCAUCUGAGGGGUCUCUGGGGCAAGGUGCCUCUGGGGGCCUCCAUGCGGACAGAGAUCCUGCACACCAUGCUGGAGGGGUCUCUGGGAGACCUGCAGGUCCUGGGGAGACUCUGCCACUCAGUUGUUCCCGAGUUCGGACUUGGCCCAAGACCUAUUUGUUCAUCACAACUUUGCAGCUUGGGGAGUCCCUGCUUCUCCUACGCUCUGGCCUUGGGGAAUCGAGGAGAUUGCUGAGCAUGUAUGGGGAGGACCCUCGGACCCGGGCCACCUGCUCUGUCAUCGCUCCAGGAACAGGCUGAACCGACACCACAUCCCAGGCCAGACUCUCCUUGGCCCAUUCCGAGCCUACAUCACUUUGGUUCCAGUCUAGAAGUUCAGAAGAAACUGGCUGAGGCCAAAUGAGGCCAGCAGAGACCUGGCGCCCCCUCAUUCAUCUGAAGCAAAGAAGAGGUGCCCUGCCCCUCGGGAACAGAGACACCUGGUGGGAGGUGGGGGAGCAGUUGACACCCCUGGGAAUGCCAUAGGCUACACCCUGUGACGAGGAAGGUCAUGAUGGAGCUGUCAGAGCCUGUUGCAUUAGCUAUGGGGGGCUGUGACCCCUCUCUAGCCUGCUGCUUCUGUGUUUCCCCCAAUAAACUUUUUUUUUUU